GCCGUCUCUGAUCAGUCAUAAGCUCAUUCGGACUCAGAGACGAUCACACAGGCACCAACAUCAAGACGAGAGGAGAAGAGCAAAACAAGACAGCCACAACAACCGACAUCGAGAGGCUAAUACCAGCAGAGACCAAAGGAAAACCAGAGGAGACCCGCGGAACCGAGGAGAGACCGGUAGAGACCAGUGUAACCGAGGAGAGACCAGUAGAGACCAGUGCAACCCCAGUCGAGAGCAGAAGAGAGACCACCAGUGAAGAUGCUCUGCCCCAGUGUAUUCCAGCACCCCACCAGCCCCUUCAUGGACCUGCACUGGCCUGUCCGCAGCCUGUGGCCCGAGACCCGCCCCCUCGUUUACCACAUGGAGCAGGAGAUGAUGAGACACAUGCAGGAGAUGAGGCACAACAUGGAGUACAUGGAGCGCCUGCACCAGAAGAUCUUUGAGGAGAUCGACCAGUCGGUGUCCUCCUCCUCCUCCGUCUUCCAGCCAAUCUCUUUCCAGAUGGGGAAGGACAGUGAUCUCUUCGCCCUGACCCUGGACACUAAGGACUUCUCCCCAGAGGACCUGUCUGUCAAGCAGGUGGGCAGGAAGCUGAGAGUCAGUGGGAAGACGGAGAAGAAGCAGGACGAUGGGAAAGGCUCCUACUCUUACAGAUGUCAGGAGUUCAGGCAGGAGUUUGACCUUCCUGACGGGGUCAACGCCGAGCAGGUCACCUGCUCCCUGACCAAUGGGCAGCUCCGCAUCCAUGCACCACAGCAGGCAGUGACCAAUGGGAAAGAGAGGGUGGUGCCCAUCAGCUUGGCCCCUGCCAUCGCCCCCGCCCCAUCCCCUCAGAGCUCUGGAGCUGAAGGCCACAUCCCCAUCCCUGUGGAGAACGAGACCAAGAAAGACUGAACACCUGCAUCUGUCUAAAAGUUAUUUUUGUACAGUUUGAUAAACACUGUGAUCUGUAGAUUAAAUUAAAUUAUGCAUUUUUGCACCUUCAUCUUAAAACAAUAAA